AUAUAUAUAACUGGCUUCGGAGUCCGGCCUCUGCUAGCAUACGCCAUAUUAUUGUCUCGUGUCUACGAGGAUACGUAUCUACAAAUUUGAGUAUCUUCAUCUUUGUACGAUACAAAUCCACUUUUUGAGAUACAUCGGCGAUGAGCGAUAUCGAGAGAAGUGGUAGUCGUAGCGCAAGUCCCCGCCGACCACGAACUGCAGACGGUGGCCUAAGAGAUUCACGAUCACACUCGAGAUCGCGUAAGUCCCGCGAGCGGAAAGACAGAGAGGUCAAAUAUUCGAGGUCGCGUAGUCGCUCCGCGUCACGUGGCCGGAAAUCGUAUCGCGGCAGCAAGUAUACCAGUGUUGGUCAUCGUAACAGCCGCAGUCGAAGUCGUUCACCAUACCGCGGUGGUCGUUACUCUCGUAGUAGAUCACGCUCAUAUUCACGAUCGCGAUACUCUCGUGAUCGACACGUGUAUCGUUCACAUUCGCGCAGCCCAAUGUCAUCUAGACGACGACACAUCGGCAACCGAGACAAUCCUUGUCCUUCCCGCUGCUUAGGUGUUUUUGGACUCUCCAUUUUCACGACUGAACAGCAAAUUCAACAUAUAUUUUCGAAGUAUGGUCCAGUAGAACGUGUACAGGUCGUUAUUGAUGCAAAGACUGGACGUUCAAGAGGAUUUUGCUUUGUAUAUUUUGACUCAUCCGAGGAUGCCAAAGUGGCUAAAGAGCAAUGUACCGGCAUGGAAAUCGACGGGAGACGAAUUCGAGUAGACUUCUCUAUCACACAACGUGCCCACACUCCUACUCCAGGCAUAUACAUGGGAAAGCCUACACAUCUGCAUGACAGAAGCUGGGACGCACCGAGGCGUAGAGAGGUCAGCUACAGAGGAAGUUAUCGUCGCUCACCCAGCCCAUACUACAAUCGCCGACGUUCACGUUACGACCGUUCUAGAUCGCGCUCCUAUUCACCGCGUCGAUAUUAAAUCAGAAGUGAUGCGAGGCCAGGUCCUUUCGGCAGUCCAAUGACUUUGACCCAAAUAUUUCUUCAACGGGUCAAAAUUAUGAAAUUAACGAAAUCGCAUUAUAUUACUAUUCUUACCUUACCCAGUUCUGCAUCGUAUGCGAACAAUCUCGCAAGCGUCUAAAUUAUAAUACUAUAACAAUAUUGUUAAGAUUAUGGAUUGAAAAAAAUAUAAAAUGUAGCGGAAUAGCAUACUGCACGAAAACCAGUAAGGUUAGAAUAGAUGUAAAACCUUAUUUUCAUAAGUUUAUAAAUUUAUAUUGCUUCCUUUUAUGAAGAUAAGGUUUCAAUUGUGUAAAAAUACAAGGCUAUAAUGUAAAAGCUGGAAUAUAAUUGAGCGCUCGAUAAUGCAAUUAGUUUUUAGCUUGCAGUUGUAUUCCAGCCAUUGGAUAGAAUCUUUUAAAAAAAAUGUGAAAAUUCUUAAAAAAAAAAAAUAAAGUAAACC